AUGGCAGUACUAUCACCACCACCAACUGUCGAGUACCUUAAUUGGUCAGAUCAGCCAAUAGGAUUCAACAUAGAAGAUCACCCACCCCAGAUGCCGCAACCAAGACAUUCAAAGAUGGUGUUACCAGCAGUCAUCGAAGGGUAUGAGAUCCCUCGAGUAUUCAUAGAUGGAGGAAGCAGCAUAAAUCUAAUCUACGCAGAUACAUUGAGAAAGAUGCAUAUUUCGCUGGCCAAUCUGAAAUCAACGGAAACAAUUUUUCAUGGAAUAACGGCCGAGAAGCCCAGCUACCCCUUGGGCAAAAUAGCUCUCGACAUACAAUUCGAGACAGUGGAGAAUUUCAGGAAGGAAAAGCUCGAGUUUGAGGUCAUUGACUGGUCAUCACAGUACCACACCCUCCUGGGGCGACCCGCAUACGCCAGGUUCAUGGCAGUGCUUCAUUACGCAUACCUCUUGUGGAGGAUUCCUGGACCCAUCGGCCCAAUAAUGGUCAGUGGAAGCUUCGCAUUGUCAGAUAAGUGCGACAGGGAUUUCAACAGAAUUUCCGAGUCGUUUGGAAUGCAUGCUGAGUACGAGGCGACAAAAUUCACCGCUAACCAUGAUGUGUUGCCAUACGGGGGUAGAUCCUUGCAAGAGCAAGCUUUCGACACCUCCAAAGACACCAAGGAAGUACAUAUCCACCCAACAGAUCCCAAGAAGACAACAUCCAUCGUGACCAACUUGGAUCGCACAUAG